GCCAUGUGACUUAAAUCGUAACUUUCGAUUUCAGCCUACUCAAUGAUAAGUUUUCGCACUGCAUGGUUAGUAAGUCAUGGUCUGUGGAACUGUACACUGAGACUCACAUUUAUUUUGUGAAACGAAAGGACUUGUUUGUGAAAGUGAGAGACGUGAAGGAAGACAUUUUAUCUUCACAUUUAAAAUCUGACCAACCAAUGUCUGAUCACUGCUCGCUUAGGCCAAUUAUUUUGCAUUUGGGUAGUUAUGUGAGAAGUGAGGUGAACAGUUUUAGGCCUGAGCCUGGCUUUGCGACUAUAUUGUAUUCAAAUUAAACAUAUGAAUCAAAAACAGCAAUCGCAUAGCAUUGUAGCCCUGUCGACACAACUCCAUGACCUUCAAGAGUGGCACAGUGUGAUGCGACAGAGAACACACCAGCAGUCAAGUUUCAUCCGCUUUUCCUCGAAACGUGCGUUUGAGGGGGGGUUGGGCAGUCGAGUCCCUACGCUACAGUGGAGUGUGCCAUAGCUUCCUGCGUGUUUUCUAGGGACACCUAAUCUAUGGUCCUCCUCCCUAACGUCACGACCCCAUCAAGUUCGUCGUGGUUGGCCAAGCAGCGGUGCCAGACAAUACACUCGGGCAAGAGAUGUGUUAGAACUGGAGCAUCUUAACUACCAGAACAUCUCUGGAUAAAGGGGGCUCAAUUGGAUAAUGGAUUAACGCAUCGGAGAUUAGAAACGUUUGCAGCCUGCUUUGAACUCCAGAUGUCAUUCUGUUGGAAGAAAUCAGCCGGCGACGAAUUAGUUGACUGAACACGCACCGGUGCGGACCAGAAGAGAGCGUGGGUAAGAGCGUUGUUCGGAGACUUACAGGGUCUACUUAAACCCAAAGCUGCUUGGAAUGAACUGAGCCUUUCCCAGCAGUGUACACUGACCAAGGCGCACGUACCCGCUCUGAAGGGGUUGCACAUGGUCAGGAGGAGCGCUGUGAAGUCCGCCACUGCUGGACGAAGCUGACAGACUGCGCCUCUACGCAUCAGACGAGGUCUCUCCACGGUCAACUGAACAGAAUUAAAAUAAUUAGGAAAUUUACUAUUAACUCGUCUAGGCUAGUCUUUAUCGACCAAACCUUUUGGCAGGUUUUUUUUUGUUGUUCUUAUAGUUUUUUUUGUUGUUCUGCAACACUUUAUACUUGGACGAAAGAUUGCAUUUUAUCCCCUGAGUCCAUUGCCUAGAUGAUCAUGUAUUUUCUUUCGAAGGUGACAUUUUUCUCCGGAUUCAGGCAAGCAUCGGAAACUCAAAAAGUACUGCGUUGAUUUGCUGCACGAGCAUCAAUCACAGAGCCAAGGUGUCUUGUUUGUAGAAAAGGCAGACAUGUUUAAUGUAAAAAGGAAAGUAAUGUUACUCUUGGGAGUUUUUUUCAUCGGCUGUGCUGGGAUAGUGAGAGGCUUCCCCCGAUAUCAUCAUAGCCAAACCAGCAAACUACAGGAUGGAGUUUCUCCCGAGGCAAAUCUGGAGAUGCCUCCCAGGGAUGAGCAUCAUGCCCACGGGCCACUGCAUCACCUGAACCAGGUGCAGAACGUGUUGCAGGCGCCGCACCGCCACAAGAGGAGAUGGUCCCAGCACCGCUCCUCUGGGGUCCUGCCCAAGCCCGAACCCGAGGAGGAGACCAAACCUUUCGUCCUGGAUCUGAAGAACUUUCCGGAGCUGGCCAACGCCGACAUCAGUUCUCAGAAUCCAAACAUUCAGGUGACCAUUGAAGUGGUGGAUGAUCCUCAGAUGGAAGUGGAAAUGGACUUGCCCAGAGAGACCAAGAACAAGUGGCCUCCCAUGCAGUCUUCUUCAUCUUCAGCAUCAACCACUUCCUCCUUCUCCUCCUCAUCCUCCUCUUCAGCCUCCACCACAUCUUCCUCAUCCCCUUCAUCCACCGUGGACUGGCUGGAAGGGAAGAAGCUCUUUUGGCCACUGUUCUGGGGAUACACGGACACAGACUCCUCAAGCGAGGACGGUACUGGGCGCUCAGGCCUGGAGGACGCGCCCGAGGAGGAAGAUUAUCUGCUGGAGUACGACAGUGGGGAGCCCCUGCCCAGCGGGGUGGGGGGCGGCGGCAGCGACUGGGAUAGCCACUGGAAUGAGGGAUGGGACUCCACACAGGGCUACUACGAGAAUGCCGGUAACGAGGAGUGGAGUUUAUGGUCCUCCUGUAAUGUCACCUGUGGUCAUGGGCACCAGAUCCGUACACGGUCAUGUGGUUACUCGUGCACGGCAACAGAGACCAGGACCUGUGAGCUUGAGCCAUGCCCUGAUGAUUUGAAUACGGUGUCAGAUUUGUUCCCAUUUGAGAUGGUGAAUGGUUCAGAACCUUUUGGAACAGAUGUUGACAGUUGUGAGAAGUGGCUGAACUGCAAGAGCGACUUCCUUCAGCGCUACCUCCAGCAGGUGCUGUCAGAAUUACCCAGCUGCCCUUGCAUCUACCCUGAGGGCUUAGCUUAUACAGCGGUCAGCAUCGUCGACGAAGGCCACGGUCGGACCUUCCGCUGGCGCGAUGCCAGCGGCCCAAAGGAGCGCCUGGACAUCUACAAGCCGUCGGCGAGGACGUGUGCGCGGUCAGCGCUGUCGGGCGAGGGCACGACACUGGCGGCGCAGCACUGCUGCUACGACGAGCGCGGGCGGCUCGUAACGCGGGGGAAAGGCGCCGGCACGCCCAACCUCAUCAGCACCGAGUUCUCGCCCGAGCUCCACUUCAAGGUGGACGUGUUGCCCUGGAUCCUGUGCAAGGGCGACUGGAGCCGCUUCCACGCCGUGCGACCGCCCAACAACGGCCGCGGCUGUGCCGCCAACCCCCACGAGGACGUGUUCAUGAACGAGCUGGAGGAGGCCCGAGAGUACUGAGCCACCGAAACCGAACCAGAACCGCACCGUACCAACCCAGCCUGAAGCAACCCGACCAAACCCAACUGACCCGAGCCGGACAGAACUAGGAAACGCUCAAGCAAGAGCUAAAGGAGCCUUGAUGGAAUUGAAUUGCCAAAUCAAUCCAGACUGUAUCAAACAAUUAAAAGAAAAACUCAUCUUGAGUCAGAUUAACUCUAUCCAACCCUUUCCUUUGUUCUUGCUCAAGGCUCAACGCAAGAAAUAACUGGCAAGUCACCAAACCAACCCAGCCUAGCAUUAACCAGUCCAACACUGACUUAACCAACCGCGUCCCAAAACUAGUUCCUUUCCCUUCACUCCACCAGAACCUACAUUCCUAUGGUGUUCCAUAUCACAGUCCUCUCUCACACAGUGCUUCUACCAACUACUAACUUAAAAUGCACCCAAACAAGGACUUUUGUAGAUGCCUUUGUUGGUCUUGCUUCGAUCAUGCAUGCAUGCAUGGGCUUGUGAGCACUGUAACUCUUAGAUCAUGCACAUUAAGUUGUAACCUUGACAGCUCAUAAGCAUGACACUUUCUUGUUGUUGUUUUUCUGGUGUUGUGGCUGGUGAUGUGUCUAACUCAAACACCACGCAGUAACUGUCAGUGCCUGCAUGUUGUGCUCAUAGUCCUGGCAAAACAGCAUUUAGAGAUUGGACAAUACUUUGCCAAUGUUGGAGGUUUUACAGAGUUUGUAAAUUAUAGCUCUGCACACAUGCUCUCUCUCUCUCUCUCUCUCUCUUUCACACACACACAGAAAGUAUAUUUUCAUAUCAAUGCCGCUGCUAAGAUGGACAGAAAGGACAUCAGAUAUGCUAUGUGAUGUGAUGGGGUGAUUGCCACUGAUAUGUAGACGUGCACUUGAUAUUUGAUCAGCCGUGAGUCCUUUAAAGUUUUUUUUUCCAACUCACACAUUUGAAGAGUGGAAUUCCUGACGAGCCUCUACAACUCUGCAGUGGGUUUAAAUGUUGGACAGAGUUCCUAGCUGAGCAGCAUCAAUCCAGCCUGAUCAAACACACAAGCCUCUGUUUGUGUGACUGGGGCAAGCCGUUCGACUGUGGGAAGCUUGAACAUGGGGAAACUAUUUUGGCUCAGAGCUCUUCUCUGGCCAGCCGAGCCCAACAUCGCCACAAUGUGGGGAGGAGAGAGAGACCGUUGUUUAAGCUUGUUGUCUGUGCUAAUGGUAGUGCUCAAGCAGGGCCCUUUAAUUUGGUGACAUGACCCACCCAGGACACGGUGGACCGUCCACUCAUGAAAACAUUAAUUCCAACAUCAAAUAUCGAAAAGUCCCUCACAGAUGGGUCAUUUGCUCCAUUACUGACAUACCAAUAGGAAACAAGUGCUCUUCUUUGUUCUGAAGUCUGUUUUUUUUUAUUAUCCUCAAAUCAGUCACAAGCAACAGAUUGUUGGUCUCUCAACCUCAGUGCUUGGGGGGACACCUGAAGGACAUUCAUUUUCACUGUUAACUCAGGGGGCGCAUCUUACUACAGUUAGAGUCAAUGUACCUCUGCAAUGGAGCACUAAUGUUACUUAGCAUCAAAGGGGAAGGAUGAAUGUUAGAGAGUAAUAUACAUGGCUAAUUUAGUUGGUAUAUGUGAUGGUCUCAGAAUGAAUGUUGACAUGCAGUUGAUACUAUUUGUGCAUUUACAUGACAGCCCUUUUGCAAUCUGUUUACAUAACAUGCAGUCUUUGACGAGCAAUUAACCUGUCAUUCAUUGUAUAUGUUAUGUUAUAUUAUUAUAAUGAUUAUUAUUAUUCAUAUAUGUCAUAUACAUCGCUUGAGGCCUGUAUAAAACUUGUGGACUGUUUGCUCCAGACCUCUCAUCAGGAACAUAUGAUUUUACGGUGUGUGCAUAUGUGCAUCACAUUCACUUACUAUGAAUGGCACUUUAUUUAAAGUAUAUAUAGAAAUGAACAUGUCUAUGAGUAUGAAUUGUUCUAUGUUCAUACAGCAAUUCUGUUAUUGUGAAGGGAUGACUUGCUGCAUUCUUUCUUAUGAAGUGCUCCACGUCAUUUAAGUAAUUCCAUUGAUUAGUGGUAGGGUUGUACCUGUACAGUAUUUAUUGUCUAUUUUGUAACGUUUUAAGCUUUGAACUGAUGCUUCUGUCCAGACGGUGCACUACUCGAGACUGAGAUCCACAGGUCAAAAGGGAAUUCAUAUGCCUCAUACCACUUCAAUAGCAAUGACUGUAUUGUGAUCAAAAGAAAACAUUUUGCUUCAUUUGUGUAUCAUGUGCAGCAUUUUCCUGACUUUCACUGCAUUACACAAUUUAAAGAAACAUGUUGUGAUAAAUACAAAGAUGUGUAUGAAGAUAAUCUA